UAGAUAUCUUAAUAUAAUUAAUAUUAUAGGUAAAUGUUUUAUUAAAACAUUUUCAAUCAUUCUAUCUACACCUUCAUUCAAUUAUGGAUUGUUUUAUAAAAAAAGGGAAUAAACAAAAACGAAACUACCUAGAAUAUCAGAUAUAGUAUACUGGUUUUAUUUAACUGUUAUAUAUGUACUUUUAUUACAUACCUACAAAUUUUCUGUCUUAUAUACUUCAUGUAUGCCACUAACGAAUACAAAACCAUGUCACGGUUUCUCUCUCAUCGGAUACGGAAAACGUUCUAUUGGAAAUCACGUAAUGAUGACGUCCCGGCGUUCCAUGCGUCAAACUGUUCACCAUUUCAAACGAGUUUUUAUUCUUAUUUAUCUAAAACUUAUAGAACGUUGAUGUCAGUCCUUCAUACAUAACAUAAGAACGAUGAUGUCAGUCCUUCAUACGUAACAUAAGAACGAUGAUGUCAGUCCUUCACACGUAACGUAAGAACGAUGAUGUCAUUCCUUCACACAUAACAUAGUAAAGAUUACGUCAUUCCUUCACACAUAACAGAAGAACAAUGAUGUCAGACCUUCAUACGUAACAUAAGAACGAUGAUGUUUAGUCCUUCAUACGUAACAUAAAAAUGAUCGGAUGUCAUUCCUUCACACGUAACAUAAGAACAAUGAUGUCAUUCAUUCAACGUAACAUAAGAAUGAUGAUGUCAGUCCUUCACACGUAACGUAAGGACGAUGAUGACAUUCCUUCUCACAUAAUAUAAAAUGAUAUCAUUCCUUCAACGUAACAUAAGAACGAUGAUGUCAUUCAUUCAAGGUAACAUAAGAAGGUUGUCAUUCCUUCACACAUAACAUAGUAAAGAUUACGUCAUUCCUUCACACAUAACAGAAGAACAAUGAUGUCAGUCCUUCAUACGUAACAUAAGAACGAUGAUGUUAAGUCCUUCAUAUGUAACAUAAAAAUGAUCGGAUGUCAUUCCUUCACACGUAACAUAAGAACAAUGUUGUCAUUCAUUCAACGUAACAUAAGAAUGAUGAUGUUAGUCCUUCACACGUAACGUAAGGACGAUGAUGACAUUCCUUCUCACAUAAUAUAAAAUGAUAUCAUUCCUUCAACGUAACAUAAGAACGAUGAUGUCAUUCAUUCAAGGUGACAUAAGAAGGAUGUCAUUCCUUCACACAUAACAUAGUAAAGAUUACGUCAUUCCUUCACACAUAACAGAAGAACAAUGAUGUCAGUCCUUCAUACGUAACAUAAGAACGAUGAUGUUUAGUCCUUCAUACGUAACAUAAAAAUGAUCGGAUGUCAUUCCUUCACACGUAACAUAAGAACAAUGAUGUCAUUCAUUCAACGUAACAUAAGAAUGAUGAUGUCAGUCCUUCACACGUAACGUAAGGACGAUGAUGACAUUCCUUCUCACAUUAUAUAAAACGAUAUCAUUCCUUCAACGUAACAUAAGAACGAUGAUGUCAUUCAUUCAAGGUAACAUAAGAAGGUUGUCAUUCCUUCACACAUAACAUAGUAAAGAUUACGUCAUUCCUUCACACAUAACAGAAGAACAAUGAUGUCAGUCCUUCAUACGUAACAUAAGAACGAUGAUGUUUAGUCCUUCAUACGUAACAUAAAAAUGAUCGGAUGUCAUUCCUUCACACGUAACAUAAGAACAAUGAUGUCAUUCAUUCAACGUAACAUAAGAAUGAUGAUGUCAGUCCUUCACACGUAACGUAAGGACGAUGAUGACAUUCCUUCUCACAUAAUAUAAAAUGAUAUCAUUCCUUCAACGUAACAUAAGAACGAUGAUGUCAUUCAUUCAAGGUAACAUAAGAAGGAUGUCAUUCCUUCACACAUAACAUAGUAAAGAUUACGUCAUUCCUUCACACAUAACAGAAGAACAAUGAUGUCAGUCCUUCACACUUACGAAAAGAACGAUGAUGUCAGUUCUUCAUACGUAACAUAAGAACGAUGAUGUUUAGUGCUUCAUACGUAACAUAAAAAUGAUAGGAUGUCAUUCCUUCACACGUAACAGAAGGACGAUGAUGCCAUUACUUCAAACGUAACGUAAUAACAGUGAUGUCAUUCCUUCUCACAUAAUACAAGAACGAUGAUAUGAUUCCUUCACAGUUGUAAUUUCUGCGACAGUUUAUUCAGCCAGUGUUUAAUUCAAUGACGGUCUGCACACCCAUUCAGACACAGUAAUCUCGAUAUAUAGAUCAAACAAGUCGUGCCCGUCUUUCACGGUUCUUCAUGUUUUUCACUUUUGCUUCUGUAUUACCAGAAACUGCAAUAUAAUAUAGUCUGUGUGUUUAAUUAAUUGACGAACAACUCCUCUUAAUACUUUUUGUGGCUCUCACUUAGACCAUCACUGUACAAUGUAAUUUCAGAAUGCCGUAUCAAUCCGUCACCAGGCCGUUGCCGGGAACAAGACCGCAGGACUUAUUUCACCUACAGCGCAAAGACACAUAGAUGUACGCAGAUCUACGGGUGCUAUAGUAUUAGAGAUCGUAACGUAUUCCUGACACGUGACCGGUGCAGACAAGGAUGUUUCAAAAGUGACAAACCCCCGGAUGUAGAUGCCCAAUGUGCGAUAAAUCCGUCACCAGGUAAUUGUGCCGCGAACCAGCGAAGAAAUUACUACAGUUAUAGCUCAAAAACUUCAACAUGUGUACAAAUAUACGGCUGUUAUAGUGUCCGAGAUAGGAAUGUAUUCUUUACACGAGCUGGUUGUCGGCGUCAUUGUGUAACUCCGAGGAUUAAGCCACCGGUAGAAACUAAUUCUCAGACAAAGACUGAAACCAAUUUUGUCGAUGUUCGAAAUACUGAUAUAACUAACAUGAUUGAUGUCAGAAAUAGCGGGAAAACGAACAUGGUCGAUGUCAGAAAUGGCGGAAGUACGAAUAUGGUAGAUGUUAGAAAUGGCGGUAGAACGAAUAUGGUCGAUGUCAGAAAUGGAAGAACAAAUAUGGUCGAUGUCAGAAAUGGUGGAAGUACAAAGAUGGUCGAUGUCAGGAAUGGCGGAAGAACGAAUAUGGUCGAUGUCAGGAAUGGCGGAAGUACGAAUAUGGUAGAUGUUAGAAAUGGCGGUAGAACGAAUAUGGUCGAUGUCAGAAAUGGAAGAACGAAUAUGGUUGAUGUCAGAAAUGGUGGAAGUACAAAGAUGGUCGAUGUCAGAACGAAUAUGGUCGAUGUCAGGAAUGGCGGAAGUACGAAUAUGGUAGAUGUUAGAAAUGGCGGUAGAACGAAUAUGGUCGAUGUCAGAAAUGGAAGAACGAAUAUGGUCGAUGUCAGAAAUGGUGGAAGUACAAAGAUGGUCGAUGUCAGGAAUGGGGGUAGAACAAACAUGGUGGAUGUUAGAAAUGGCGGUAAAACUAACAUGGUCGAUAUCAGAAAUGGCGGAAGAACAAAUAUGGUAGAUGUAAGAAAUGGCGGGAGAACGAAUAUGGUCGAUGUCAGAAAUGGUGGGAAAACUAACAUGGUAGAUGUAAGAAAUAAUGGGAGAUCAAACAUGGUGGAUGUCAGAAAUGGUGGGAACACUAACAUGGUCGAUGUCAGAAAUGGCGGGAGAACGAAUAUGGUAGAUGUCAGAAAUGGAGGGAAAACUAGCAUGGUAGAUGUAAGAAAUAAUGGGAGAUCAAACAUGGUGAAUGUCAGAAAUGGCGAGAAAACUAACAUGGUCGAUGUCAGAAAUGGCGGGAGAACGAAUAUGGUAGAUGUCAGAAAUGGAGGAAAAACUAGCAUGGUAGAUGUAAGAAAUGGUGGGAGAACAAACAUGGUCGAUGUCAGAAAUAACGGGAGAAAGGAUAUGGUCGAUGUCAGAAAUGGUGGAAGAACGAAAAUGGUAGAUGUUAGAAAUGGCGGAAGAACGAGUAUGGUUGAUGUAAGAAAUACAGGGAGUAGCGGUAAUAUGGUUGAUAUAAGAAGAGGUGGUGGCUUGACAAUGACUGAUAUUAGAAAUGGCAAGACGUCCAAUAUGAAUGAUAUCAGAAAUAGCGGACGUACAAAUAUGGUCGAUGUGAGAACCAGCGGUACUUCAAAUAUGGUAGACGUCAGAAAGCCGGGAACAAACAUGGUUGAUAUUAGAAGUGAUGCCCCAAUAUCUAAUAUGAUUGAUAUCCGAGGAAAGGGUAAUAUGGUGGAUGUUAGAGGUAAUGGUGGCUCUUCCAUGGUCGACCUAAGGAAUGGUGGUUCUCAAAAUAUGGUUGACGUGCGAAACUCUCGAACAACGAAUAUGGUAGAUGUUAGAGGCACAGGAGGUUCUAACAUGGUAGAUGUGAGACAAGGAACGUCUGGAUCAUCAAUGGUUGAUGUUAGAAACGUUGCCGGAAGUCAGACUGGUACAAGGUUUGUUGAUGUACGUGGCGGUCAGACCGGUACAAAUUUAAUUGAUAUCCGAGGAAGGAAGAUUAAUGCCGGAAUGGUCGACAUCCGUGGUGGACAAACUAGACCCGGAAUGACUGACAUUCGAGGUGGACAGGCCAAUGGUGGAAUGGUUGACAUCCGUGGUGGGCAGGUUAGUGGCGGAAUGGUUGACAUCCGUGGUGGACAGGCUAAUGCAGGAAUGGUUGACAUCCGUGGCGGACAAACGGGUAGUGGAAUGGUUGACAUCCGUGGCGGACAGGCGGGUAGUGGAAUGGUUGACAUCCGUGGCGGACAAACGGGUAGUGGAAUGGUUGACAUCCGUGGCGGACAAACGGGCAGUGGAAUGGUUGACAUCCGUGGUGGACAGACUAAUACUGGGAUAGUUGACAUACGAGGGGGUCAGACUGGCAACAGAAUGGUGGACAUCCGUGGGGGACAAACUGGAAGUGGCAUGACUGACAUACGUGGCACACAGACAAGUAAUAGAAUGGUUGACAUCCGUGGCGGACAGACUGGUAAUGGCAUGGUUGACAUUCGUGGGGGACAGACAAGUAAUGGAAUGGUUGACAUCCGUAGUGGACAGACCGGUAGUGGCAUGGUUGACAUCCGUGGUGGACAGACUGCUGGCGGCAUGGUUGACAUUCGUGGUGGACAGACUGGUGGUGGUAUGGUUGACAUUCGUGGUGGACAAGCUGGUGGCGGCAUGGUUGACAUCCGUGGUGGACAGACUGGUGGUGGUAUGGUUGACAUCCGUGGUGGACAGACUGAUGGCGGCAUGGUUGACAUCCGUGGUGGACAGACUGGUGGUGGUAUGGUUGACAUCCGCGGGAGACAGACUGAUGGCGGCAUGGUUGACAUCCGUGGUGGACAGACUGGUGGUGGUAUGGUUGACAUCCGCGGGGGACAAACGGGUAGCGGAAUGGUUGACAUCCGUAGUGGACAGGUUACUACUGGAAUGGUUGAUAUCCGUGGGGGACAGACUGGAAUUGGCAUGGUUGACAUUCGCGGGGGACAGUCCGGAAGUGGCAUGGUUGACAUCCGAGGCGGACAGACCGGAAGUGGCAUGGUUGACAUUCGUGGUGGACAGACCGGAAGUGGCAUGGUUGACAUCCGUGGUGGUCAGACCAGUUCCGGGAUGGUCGACAUCCGCGGUGGACAGACCGGCAGUGGCAUGGUUGACAUCCGCGAUGGACAGACUGGGACUGGAAUGGUUGACGUCAGAGACAAACAGCAAAACAUGAUUGAUAUCAGAAAAGGAUCUGCUACAACAGACACCCGGCCUCAGGUUAACCCGUUAGAUCCGCAGUCAUUAACGGAUUUACCAAUUAUCAACAUAGAGCCAGGAAUUAGAAUCGCUAGAGAGUGCAUGAUCAACCCAACUCCAGGAUUCUGUCUUGAGAAUCAACGAAAGACAUUCUGGACAUUCAGCACGAAGACAAACAGCUGCACGAGAAUCAUGGGUUGUUUCGAUAUUCACGAUAGAAACACGUGGUUAACGUUACAGGGAUGUAGAAGAAAUUGUUUCAAGAAUGACAGCGCGGUUGAAGACAACAGCGGAGUACUGCCACUAGAAUGUCAGCUAAAUCCUACGCCUGGGCGCUGCCUUCCCAGUGACGAACAUACUGUAUGGGUAUACAACACAAAGCUUGGAGCGUGCACACAGAUAACGGGAUGUUACGACUUCCACGACCGGAACGUCUGGUCCUCACGUGAUAGAUGCAGGACCAAAUGUCGGGUCAGCUCGUCUAUCAUUGCACCGGAAAUGCCACAAGACCUUGAAGGGCUUCGUAUUCAUCCAGAAUGUCACAUAAACCCGUCUCCUGGAAGAUGUCUGGAGAAUCAGCAGAAGACAUUCUGGACGUUCAGUAGUAAAACAAGCGCAUGCACGAGAAUCACGGGCUGUUACAACAUCCGAGACAGGAACACGUGGAGAACUCGUAAAGAAUGCAGAGGGAGCUGUUACGUUAACGCAAGUGACGUCUCGUUUGCAAAACCAUUAGAAUGCAAACUUGUUCCGUCUCCUGGCCGAUGUCUGGACAGUCAGAAGAAAUCUGUCUAUACAUACAGCGAUAAACUAGGUGUUUGUGUCGAGAUCACAGGUUGCUACGAUUUCCACGAUAGAAAUGUAUGGAGGACCGUUGAGGCUUGCAAUGAACGAUGCCAUGUCAAUGUUUCUGUGCUUCUAGAUCUGUCUAAUUACGAUAUAGCACAGGGAUGCCAGCUAAAUCCCACCCCUGGUCGCUGUAUGGAGAGUCAGAAAAGGUCGUUUUAUACCUUCAGUAAGAAGGCGGGUGGGUGUGUAGAGAUAUACGGCUGUUACACCAUCAAUGACCGAAAUGUUUGGUAUACCAGAAACGGUUGCAGAAAUAGUUGCCUUUUACCAAAAACAGGCUCUGGAACACUUCCGGAUGUCUCAAGAACGUGUUUGCGACCACCAAUUCAAAGACCUUGCUUGCCGAACCAGCGACAGGAAUGGUAUAGCUAUGAUAUAAACACGGGCGCGUGUGAAAGAAUACAAGGUUGCUAUCGAAUAGCAGACCAGAAUGUUUUCAUGAGCCGUCGACAGUGCGAGUUGGGCUGUCACAACAGACAACCAGAGUACACCAUCGGAGGUAUAGCUAGAGAGUGUCGUCUUAAUCCCACACCGGGUGUAUGCCGACAAGACGAACGAAGAUCGUACUGGAGCUAUAGCCAGAAGACCGGAACCUGCGUGGAGUUGACCGGAUGUUACACUAUUCGCGACAGAAAUGUCUGGUUAAGCAGAGAAAUGUGUAGAAACAAUUGCAUAAAGAGGGAAAUCGAACCUCGUAGUAAUGUAAUUCCUAAUUUCUUAGCCGGUGGUUCGAAUGGAAUUAAUGGGAUUGAAAUAAAUGGCUUUCGUAGAGGUAGGCGUGGGCGUAUUCUUACACGCAACAUGAAUCGCAACGCUCCACUUCUAAACCAGGUCCGAGACGUAACUGUUUCUGAAGAAAACCAGUCACGUGAUAUCACAGCUACCGGAAGUGGAACAACAUUUGAAUCAAACCCGACGACACGUGACUCAACUGCGGCCGGAAGCGGAAAUACACCACGUGACGUAACGGUUACACGCGACAGUCAAGGUCGGGAGAUUGUUGUGUCGGAUGUAGUUGUUACAAAAGUAGACACUUUCGAUAUCAGUGUACAGAAUGCUGGUGCACCGCAGACCCCUCCCUCACCACCGCCUAUACCCCCUGCACAAGAUGCAGGAAGAAUGCCUUCUAGUAGAGUAGUGGCUAACCUGUUCAUGCUAAAUGCUAUAGAAUAAUAAAACAUU